AUGGAAUACGACAUAGAGAAAAAAGUCAUUAAAACUAUUUGUGCCAAACAUAAAACAUUACUAUCUGGAUGGGAGGCUUCAAGUGGACCUGUUAUGAGGAAAAAAGAUAUACAUCUGUUAUCAACCGCAGAAACAUCUCAAGGAGCCUCAAAAGGCGAAGAAGAUAUGAAAAGUAAGAUUGUUGCACUUGAGGAGGAGGUUCAUAUAAACGAACAAAAAGUCAAACAAAGUGAGGAAAAAUGUGAAAAAAUGUUCCAGUUUAUUAUCUCGAAGUUCCCGGAUUCUCAAAACAUAUUAUGUCCACCCGAUGAAGAUGAAGCUCAUGCGUACGAUGACAUAACAGAUCUAUCAGAGCAAGCGUAG